AUGGAAGCAAUGGAUAUUCAGGCUGUAGAAUCGAAAUUAAGUGACGUCACCGUUACGGCCAUCCCCAUGAGCGGCAAGAACAUGCACAAAGAGCUGAGCCACAGCAGUAACAGUCAAGCAACAAUAUCAACCGUGCCUGCGACUUCUCCGUCUUCCAUCGGCAAGGAUAAGGACAACGGCAUGUCGAAAUACGCUCAAUUACUGGCCGUCAUCGAGGAGAUGGGUAAGGAAGUACGUCCAAGCUACUCAGGUAGCCGGAGCUCUGCUGAACGUCUUAAACGUGGGAUUAUUCACGCCAGAAUCCUUGUGAGGGAAUGUCUUAUUGAAACCGAGAGAUCUGCAAGGCAAUAG